CACCAGCCAAGUGCCUCUCCCAUCGAGGUCGGGGGCGAUUCGCGGAUCCGCGGUAGCGUAGUGGUCGGUCAGUCGACGUUCAUAAAUGAUGACGUAAGGUCGCGGCUCUCGGCGAGCCUGGGUGAUUCGCGGUACGUGGUAACGGCCUGUCAGUGAACCUCGGACGAAGAUGGGGACGCAGAAGCCCGGGGAAUGGGCGAAUUUGGUACUCGCGCGCUUCGAGGAUCAGCUGCCGUGUCGUUCCGGUGCCGAAAGUCCUCACUCACGAGUGAACGAGAAGAGGAAUAAGAAAUGCUUAAUAGAGAUCUCCCGGUACCGUUUCUCCCUCGUUAUAUCAGGCCUUACAAAGAUGCUGCAGCGCGUCAACGAGCUGACACCGAGUACAAGCGGUCAGCGGCCGUUCCACACCAUGGACCAGGAUCGGCAAGAGUCCAUCAUCAUCGUCCUGGACACGUUGGAGAAAUGUUUGGCGAACACACCGAAGGAUACGACAAAAUUCGAAGAGGCCAUGAAUGUAAAACUACUGCUCCGAGAAAUAUGCCAGUUUAUAGGAAUACCGUCGGACAGUCCGCAGACGAAAAUGAUUAAGGAUCUAGCGAGUAAAGUUUUGUUCGCUCUAAGUCUAAAUUUCUUCAAUGCAGUCUUCAAUCGGAUAUCGGCCAGGAUUCAGGAACUAUCCAAUAGCGGGGAAGAGAAUCCAGAUUGCAGCGAUAUCGAGCUGAUGCAAUAUAUCAAUGUCGACGUUCACAGACUGAUCAGACUUCUAAAUGAAACGAUACAAAAAGUCCGGCAACUCAAGAAGUCGGCGCAUCUCGUGCUCAUGAGUUCCCUGGAGAAAGCGAUCUGGAAUUGGAUGGAUACUUAUCCGCAAGAAUUUGCCGAUUUGCAGAAGCAGCCUAAUGAGGAUCUCAGUAAGACGUGCGAGGAGCUAUUCGAUAUUCUCGACACGUUCGUCGACAAGAAGAGCCGCGCCGCGGCAGUGUGGCCAUUGCAGAUGAUGCUGCUAAUGCUCUCACCCAAAGUCCUGGAGGAGAUCGUGAACGCCGACUUUGGGCCGCCCGGGUCACCUCGGUAUUCGAAAAAGAAACAGUUCAUCGACAAUGUGAAGCGCAGUCUGAAAAUGCACGGCAGCUCCUCCAGCCGACAGCUGUCAGAGGCCGCGGCGGUCGCGUGCGUCAAGCUCACCAAAGCAGCCACAUAUAUCAACAACGUGGAAUCGAGAAGUAACGUGAUCCUGAUUUUGGUACAGCAAAUGAUGGACGAUCUGAUAUCGCUUCUUUUUCAUCCCACGAAACCGUUCUCCCGUGGACAGAAUUACAACGCGCAGGAUAUUGAUCUGAUGAUCGACUCAUUCGUUAGCUCCUUCCGCAUCAAUCCGCACAACAACGAGGUGUUUAAGUUUUGCCUGAAUGUCAACUAUGGGUUGACAUACCAAUUCGUUCUGGUCAGCUCGUUAUACAAAAUCUUCACGCAGCCAAGAUUGCCGUGGUGGCCAGAGAUCAAUCUCGUGUAUUCUUAUGGCACGGAACUCAGGAACAUGUUCACUGACACUUUGAACAAAGUGAUGCAGAACUGCAUGUUGUAUACACCAUAUACACUACGCGUGAUUCAUAACUUUACUCUUAAAUCUAAAGAGGAAAUGAGCAACUUCAAGAAUCUAUUGUUGGUGAUGGUGCGACUUAUUCAUGUGGAUCCCAUGUUAAUGCUGCAUAGUUACGGCACAGCUGGUCACGAAAUGCAGAGAUCCACUUUAGAAUUGAUUAAUGGACUCGUCUCGUUAGUUCAUCAAUCCUCGAUGCCGGACAUUGCCCACGAAGCAAUGGAGGCUUUGCUAGUGUUACAUCACCCGGAUAAGGUCAAAGCGUGGAAUCCUGAAGCGCCGUUGGACACUUUUUGGGACAUCAGUUCACAGGUCGUUUUUUCAAUCUCGCAGAAACUGAUUCAGCAUCAAAUCUUUAAUUACACGACUAUACUCAAGUGGUUUCGCGAGAUAUUGAGCUGCAGGAAUGCCUUUCUCUCUCAGUAUAAGGAUUACGCAAAUGUGGGCAGUCAGAUAGCUAUUAGCAAGCAGGCGCAUAUUAAACUCGAGGUCGUUUGCUUAAUGUAUUUAUGGAGUAUAGACAUGGAAGCUGUUUUAGUAUCAAUGUCUUGUUUCGCAUUACUAUGUGAAGAAGCUGAAAUUCUUUGUGGCAGUGAUGAGGUAGCAGUGACUUGUCUACUUCCAAAUUAUCAGUUGUAUUUAGAAUUGGCGCAAGCUUCGACUGUAUUGAUUUCUGCCCACGGAGAGAGUAGGCUAUGUUAUCAGGAACAUAAUCAUGGACGUGCCGCAUUACAAAAGACAAUAUUAUCUUUAUUGAGAAAAAUAGAACAUUGUGUAAAUGGCAUACAACCUGCUUGGGAAGAGACAUUCAGAAAUUGGGAAACGAUCUCGCGGCAAUUGAUCAAUUAUCCCAAGACCAAGACUGAGGAUGUGCAAGUUGAAUCAUUUUGUCGCAGCAACGUGAAACGAAGGGCAGCGCAUCAGAAUUCGGAGCAUGAAGUGGAGGAGCAAAUUAACGAGUGGGCCAAUAUGACAGGAUUUCUUUGCGCUUUGGGCGGAGUGUGCUUGCAAUGUCAUUUACCGAUAGAUAGACCGCUCUACGGUGUGCUUCCCUUGAAUCCCGAGCCUAAAAAGAGUUCGACAAAACAACAGGAGACUAGCUCUGGUUUAACGAAUCCUAAUCAAGAAUUGCAUUGUACAGUUACGCAGUUUGUGUUAAAUUUGCUACGAUUAUUGAAUUGCAAUAACGAAAAACUUGGCAAUCAAAUACAGAAGCAUGUAAAGGAACUGGUUGCGCAUGAGAUGAGCCCUGCCUUGUAUCCAAUAUUGUUUGAUCAGAUUAAGAAUAUUGUCGAAAAAUUUUUUGAUUCACGUGGACAGGUGGUGGUAUCAGAUUUGAAUACACAGUUUAUCGAGCAUACUAUAUUUAUAAUGAAAAACAUUCUGGAUUCAAAGACGGAUCAACCGUCAGAAUAUCUUGGGAUGACCAGCAUCGAAGGCAUGAUGUUGGCAAUCGUUAGAUAUGUCAGGCAUUUGGACAUGACCGUGCAUUCGAUUUGUAUCAAAACCAAAUUAUGUCAGCUAGUCGAAGCCAUGAUGAAGAGACGGGAUGACUUGGCGUUUAGGCAAGAGUUGAAAUUUCGCAACAAACUGGUCGAAUAUUUGACCGAGUGGGUUAUGUGUGCUCCCCCUUUUUCCUCGACAACUGCCAACGAUAUCACAGCCUAUACUAGGGAUUUGGAUCAAUCUGGCAUGGAAGCAGUAGGUGCUUUAUUGCGCGGACUACCCCUUCAGCCUGAAGACUCUGAUCGUGUCGAUCUGAUGGAAGCAAAGUCUGAAUUAUUCUCGAAAUAUUUCAUGCUUUUUAUGAAUUUAAUAAAUUACUGCAACGAACCAUCAUCAUCGGAGGAUAAGGAUGUCGUCUCUCGACAAUCUCCUACUUUAGCGACUAGCAAGUUAGCCACUUUGCGCAACACUACAAUUCAAGCCAUGAGUAAUCUUCUCAGUGCAAAUAUAGACAGUGGUUUAAGGCAUUCAAUACAUUUAGGUUACAACGCAGAUCUUCAAACGCGUGCCGCGUUUAUGGAAGUGUUGACUAAAAUACUACAACAGGGAACGGAGUUUGAUACCCUUGCUGAAACUGUUCUAGCGGACAGAUAUGAACAAUUGGUUCAACUCGUUACGAUGAUCAGUGAUAAGGGCGAAUUACCUAUCGCCAUGGCACUAGCUAACGUAGUGACGACGAAUCAAAUGGAUGAGCUGGCGCGUGUUUUUGUGACACUGUUUGAUGCAAAGCACUUGUUAUCGCCUUUAUUAUGGAACAUGCUCUAUCGAGAGGUUGAGCUGACCGAUUGUAUACAGACUCUCUUUCGCGGUAAUACUCUGGGAAGUAAGAUUAUGUCAUUCUGUUUUAAAAUAUAUGGUGCCAGCUAUUUGCAAGGUCUUCUCGAGCCUCUCAUCAAACCUUUGCUGGAUGAGCCAACAAUUAGUUUCGAAGUGGAUAGCGCGAGGAUUAAUCCUAAUGAAAAUAUCGAGCAAAACGGUACCAACUUGAUUGCAUUGACACAAAAGGUGUUCGAUGCUAUAGUGUCGUCGGCAGAUAUGUUUCCUCCGCAGCUGCGCUCGAUGUGUCACUGCCUGUAUCAAGUAUUGUGCAAGAGAUUUCCGCAGUCACCGCAGAGCAACAUUGUGGCUGUGGGAACAGUGAUAUUUCUGCGUUUCAUCAAUCCUGCUAUCGUCUCGCCUCAAGAGAUGGGUAUAGUGGAUAAACCGGUACCUCCAAAAGUGAAACGAGGUCUCAUGCUUAUGUCGAAGAUACUGCAAAACAUCGCCAAUCACGUAGAGUUUAGCAAGGAACAACAUAUGCUGCCGUUCAAUGACUUUCUACGAGCACACUUUGAAAUCGGUCGACGAUUCAUCAUACAAAUUGCUUCGGAUUGUGAAACAGUUGAUCAGACCAGUCAUCCUAUGUCAUUUGUAUCGGAUGCCAAUGUCUUAGCCCUUCACAGGUUGUUGUGGAAUCAUCAGGAGAAAAUUGGGGAUUAUCUUAGCAGCAGUAGAGACCACAAAGCUGUCGGAAGAAGACCCUUUGAUAAGAUGGCGACACUUUUAGCAUACCUUGGUCCACCUGAGCAUAAACCAGUGGAUUCACAUUCGCUUUUUUCGUCUUCAUACGUUCGUAUGUCUCGAUGGGCGAGCAAAGACAUGUCAUCAACCAAUUUCGAGGAGAUCAUGAUGAAACAUAAUAUGCACGAAAGAGAGGACUUUAAGAGCAUCCAGAGUAUGAAUAUCUUUUACCAAGCAGGCACCAGCAAGCAGGGUUAUCCAGUGUUUUACUACAUUGCACGUCGAUUCAAACUUGGCGAAACAAACGGCGACUUGCUGAUAUAUCAUGUGAUCCUGACUUUAAAGCCCUUUUAUCAUUCUCCGUACGACGUGGUCGUCGAUCUCACUCAUACGUGUUCGGAUAAUCGGUUUAGAACGGAGUUUUUGCAAAAAUGGUUCUACGUUCUGCCAGAAGCAGCCUAUGAAAAUCUUCACACGGUGUAUAUUUACAAUUGUAAUACCUGGGUACGCGAGUACACGAAGUAUCAUGAUAGCAUCCUGGCGCCGUUGAAAGGUAACCGAAAGAUAAUAUUUAUCGACGGUCAAGGAAAAUUAAACGAUGCCAUCGACAUUGAACAACAGAAAUUGCCUGGAGCAACAUUAUCUCUGGACGAGGAUUUGAAGGUUUUUACCGGUGUCUUGAAAUUAUCCCAUAAAGAGAUGAAGGUAUCUGUGAAGCUCGGUCCGACGACCUUGCAAAUAACUCACACGGACAGAUCUAAAGUAUUGUCGCAAUAUGUUCUCUUAAACGACGUGUAUUACGCUUCCGAAAUAGAGGAGGUUUGCCUAUUGGACGACAAUCAAUUCACGCUCACCAUCUCCAACGAGGCGGGACCGUUGACUUUUGCCCACAACGAUUGCGAUAACAUUGUACAGGCUAUAAUCCACAUCAGGAAUCGUUGGGUAUUGUCACAACCGGACUCCAUGUCCGUUCAUUCGAAAAUCAGGCCUAAAGAUGUACCAGGCACCUUGUUGAACAUGGCCUUAUUGAAUCUCGGUAGCCCGGACCCGAAUCUUCGGACUGCAGCCUACAAUCACUUAUGCGCGCUUACGGCGACGUUCGAUUUAAAAAUAGAAGGUCAAUUGUUGGAGACGUCCGGUAUAUGCAUACCGUCAAACAACACCAUAUUUAUCAAGCAUCUGAGCGAGACCUUGGCGGCGAAUGACCCGCAUCUUACGCUUGAAUUUCUCAAAGAAUGCAUGCAGGGCUUUAAGGAGUCGACUAUCGAGCUAAAGCAUUUAUGUCUCGAAUAUAUGACGCCGUGGUUGAGCAAUCUCGUGCGGUUCUCCAAGCCCCACGACGAGGGCGGCAAGCGACAGAAGCAAGUCACGGAAAUUCUCGAUGAUUUAAUCACGCUGACCGUUCAGGAGAUUGAAAUGUAUCCGAGCAUACAGGCCAAGAUCUGGAGCACGAUUGGCAUGCUGCCAGAAUUAAUAGAUAUUGUUCUUGAUAUUUUUUUGCAACGUAGCGCGCGAUCCGGUUUAGGCUCACCGAUGGCCGAGAUCAUGGCGGAUACUGCAGUCGCCUUGGCAGCCGGCAAUGUUCAGCUGGUAGCCAAGAAGUUAAUUAGCAAAGUAUGCAGAAUAGUAGACAAGACUUGCAUGUCGCCCACGUCUCAACUGGAACAACAUAUAAUGUGGAGUGACAUAGCGAUUCUCGCGAGGUAUCUCCUGAUGUUGUCCUUUAAUAAUUGUCUGGAUGUAGGGAAACACUUGCCGUAUAUCUUUCACACGGUUACGUUGCUCGUGUGUUCCGGCAGCUUGACUAUGCGAGCGUCGACUCAUGGUCUGGUGAUCAACAGUAUUCACUCGUUGUGCACGUGCAGUUCGCCUUCAUUCUCCGAAGACACGCACAGGAUAUUACGGAUGAGUCUGGAUGAGUUUUCAUUACCCAAGUUUUAUCUACUUUUCGGCAUUAGCAAAGUGAAAUCCGCCGCUGGUACGGCCUUCUACAAACAUCCAAAAUCUAGCUGCAAGCACGCGAACGAAAAAUUGAUCAACACCGAGCGAAAUGUAUCUGGGACGCUGGACAAGGAGAGACUCUAUUUGACCAGCUUGGAAGUAAUAACCGAUGCUCUUUUGGAAAUUAUGGAGGCUUGUAUGCGGGACAUUCCCAAGUGCGACUGGUUAAAAACGUGGACUUUGUUGGCGAAAAACUUUGCCUUCUGUUUCAAUCCAGCUUUGCAGCCGAGGGCGCUCAUCGUUUUCGGCUGUAUCAGCAAGAGUAUAACGGAUCAGGAUAUGUGGCAGCUAUUGAAGAUAUUAGUGAAGGCGCUCGAGAAUUUUAACGAUAUCAAUCUUAUGGAGGCCAUCGUUAUGUGCUUGACGCGAUUGCAACCUCUUCUGAAACCCUACCAUGCCAUUUUUCUGUCCAAGAAAUCGCCAAUACAUAGAUACUUGUUCUGGAUCGCCACGUCCGUUCUCGAGUUGGACGAAGCAUCGUUAUAUGCAUCCGGCCUGGCUCUUCUCGAACAGAAUUUGCACACGCUCGAUUCACAGGGUACUUUCGACGAGAAGACAUUAGAACACGUAAUGAUGUCGACACGCGAACCUCUGGAAUACCAGUUCAAGCUAUUGGAUCACACCGUGGGCCUAUCCUUUAAAUCUAAUUUUCAUUUUGCGCUGGUCGGUCAUCUUCUGAAGGGCUACAGGCAUCCCACACCAACCACGAUUACCAGAACGAUCAGAGUGUUGACUAUGUUGCUGGCGAUUGUGGCGAAGCCUUCGAAGAGGGAUAAAUUCGAGGUGACGCCUGAAAGUGUUCCUUACUUGACCGCGUUGGUGGCUGUAUCGGAGGAGGUGCGUAGUAGAUGUCACAUUCGACAUUCACUCGACAAAAAUCUACACGAUUCAUCAGGCAGUUCGGACAUUCUCGAUACCUUGCCAUCACGCAAUGCGGAUAUGUCCGGGGCGCCCAAUCCUACAAGUAGAAGGCAAAAGACCUGGGACUUGCUGGAUCAGUCGGCGCUUACUCAAGCGAGACAACAAAAACAACAGUCCGCGCAGACUGGCCGGCUUUUAUUUAAAUCGCAGCGAUCCUUGAGCGUACCGAACGCAAAGGACGACAAGCCGACGGACGAUGCGGAACAGCAGAAAGAUCGUAGCACUAGAGUGAGCCUGAGCAACGAAAAUAACGUCUUACUCGAUCCGGAUGUGUUGACCGAUUUUUCGACGCAGACUUUGGUUCUGACCAUGCUGGCCACUCUGGUAAAAUACUCCACCAACGAGAAUGAAACGCGUAUCUUGUACGAGUAUCUGGCGGAAGCGACUAUAGUUUUCCCAAAAGUCUUUCCAGUUGUACACAACUUGCUCGACGCAAAGAUCAACAGCGUAUUGUCUUCUUGUCAUGACCAGGCGAUAUUGAACACGGUUCAAACUAUCAUACAGAACAUGAUAGCCAGCGAAGAUACGACCCAGCAGCAUCAUCUGCAGCAUUAUUUGCAAAGCUGCGGCUUCCGCGGUCUUUGGAGAUUCGCUGGACCUUACACGAACUCCAAUUGUACGCCCGAGAGUGCCGAUUUGUUUGUGAAAUGUCUAGAGGCGAUGAUAGAAAUGUGUCUGACGUCGCAAGAACCGAAUAAAGAGACAGCUGUAGGAAAAGAUAAACGCCAGUCGGACUCUGCGUUGAAACCAAGGCCGUCUACAAUUGUUAUCCAAGAACAUUAUCGUAUGUCAUCAGAGAUUGAUGCUUCCUCCGUUCACGUAGAUCAUAGUACAGAUGGCAGACGAGAUGAUUCGAUGGAUGCUAGUCAAACGGAGGAUACAGGUGACGGUUCGCAGCCUUAGCAAUUACUUUGCCAGAAAGGUGCGAGUAAGAGGCAAAGUAAUCGAAAAUUGCAACGGCAGACGAGAACCUCGCAGACUUUCGUCCCGUGUUAUUGCUGCAACAUGUCCAGUCAGUUUAGUACAAUGCCGUCCACAUCGCGAUAACGAGCCUACCGGAAAUGAAAAUCAACGAAAGCUACACUCUCGUAGAACGUUGUUUUAUUUCUCUAUCAGCCUCCUAUAUGUAUCGAUAAUUUUGCAUUAUUUUCUUAAUCCAUUUGUCAAUUGUACGAGUUUGUUUUUUUGGCAAUCUUGCUAAGUACGAGAUUUAAAUAUGCAUUAUUGCAUUAUAUGUUAUCAACGCUUUUUUACACAACGAAGUUGUACGGAAACUCGCGUUGCGAGAUACACAUCGUAAGAUUCGAUUUCAGCGAUUCAUACGUAGCGUUUGACGAUAUUAAACAAUUGUAUUAAUCACAUCUCAUAUUAUUUCUUCAUAUAUUGCAAAUUUACAAUCAGUUUCUUCGGAAAAAAUUUAUCGAAUCAGCAACGAGCAUUAUAUACGUUCGAUAUUUUCUCGCAAUUACGCGUGUAAUAAUAAUUUAGCGACUGAUAUUAAUUCUCUGCCACACAAACAACCAUGAGAAAUAGAUAAAAUUUUAUGAUAAGAGCCAGAUUGGCAAUUUUUUUUAAUUAUAUUAUAUGUAUCGAGUAUGAUGCUUUUUCUAUACGUACAAAGCGUUGUAUCAUCUUGUCGCAAUUUGUGUUCGGGUAAUUAGUUAUAGAGAGUGUGUAUAAAGAAUUAUUAUUCUAUUUACCAAAAAAGAAUCUCCAUUGGUCCUCUAAAGGCUAAAAGCGCUGCGGUUGCGCGAGGCAAUUUUUUAUUAUUACUCAAGAGCCGCAGCUUUCUUUUCGUGUGCCGUUGCAUGUAGAUCUCAACGAUAUAACAAAGAUGAUUUGGACCAGCGACGCCUCUCGUCUCGUUAAGCGUUCGAAGCCCCGGGACGAAUAAUUUAGAGUCCUAUCAAGAGAAACACCAAUGUAACUGUAUACUGUCUUUACCACUUUUUAUUAAAGUACAAAGCGAGACCAAGCGAUAUCUUCUCUGUACUAUAAUAUACGCCGGGACAUUUUAGUAAUAAGAAGAAGGGGGAAAGAGAGAAUACAUAAUGACAUAUAAAAUUGAUAGAUUACGCACUUGUGUUAAUAACAAUGAGUAGCACUAAGUGCAGAUAAUCGUGCAAAAAUACUAUUCUCUCUCCCUUGAUUAGUUUCCGUCGUGAAAAAUACUCUUGUCCUUUGUUUUUUAUUUAAACAUUUCCUUUAUUUAUUUAAAUGUAAAACUUCUUUAUUACACCAUAAGCGAGUGUGUGCGAUAUGUAUAAAUAAUGAAAUAUUAUAAUAAGAUUGAAAGCGCGAAUUUAACAAUGUAAACGUGGAAAUGAUAUUUUUUGUGUAACGGAAUGAAUAGUUUCUCAAUGGCGUUAGAAUGACUGUUUGAAAGAUGCGUUUGUACAUAGUGCGUUGUAUAAUGUUUGUACGUAUCGUGGCGAUUUUGUAAAAGUCUGUUGAUUUUGCCCGUUUUAGAAGAGGCAGAGAGUACGGAUAGAAUGAUGCGUCGUAUAGAUCGAAUAUAGAUUUUCAAGUUGAUUUGAAUAUAGAAUGAAUUUCUACAUAGAGCUUCAUCCGAGCUUGUACUUAAGCGAUCGAUUAAUAUUUGUAUUCUCAAGUCGUUAAUUUCAUAGAUAUAGAAAGCAUAGACUGUGCAAUUCACUACGUAAACAGAAAAUAUUUUCUCGAAUGAAAAGAAUAAAGCUACUUAACGAAGCUCGUCGCUUUUUUCUUAUAGAGAAAAGAUUUGUCCCUUUUAUUUUUAAUAAAAAGAUAAAGAGACUUGGAUGAAUAUCUUUUGUUAUAUGUUGCUGGUCAUUUAGAAACAGUCUAUGCCACCUAUAUUUAUGUUAAUUUCUUACAUGAGCUUUGACUUUUUAUUCAAACUAUAGAAUGUGCACUAGUCAUAAUAUUAUAAUGUCGGAAAGAGAGCUCGAAAUAAUUUUUUAUAAUGUUUCUUAUAUAAUUUUUAUAGCUGUUUUACUUUUUACGAAAAACUUAUAGCAGGCAACCACCCCAUGACAACAGUACAGCUGAUUUACAAAUUAGUCAUUUAUCCAGUAUUGAAAAUAAUAAUUCUUUCAUAAUUUUAUUCGCGCGCAGUUCGGAAUUGUUAAAGCGCUAACUGUUCGUAGCUAUCGUGUUAUCGCGCGUCUUGUUGUCUCUCACCAAAGGUAUAAAUCGUCCCUAGGCCGCGUUAGGCAGGCGAUUAAUUAAGUAACUAUUACCGAUAAUUAAGGAAGACAGGCUGUAUACUCGCUUAAUGUUUACGCGUCAUAUUCGCGAAUUUUUCAUCAUCGCGGCAUGUUUUCGUUUCGAAUCUCGUGUAUUCUCGCGAUAUUCGUAUUUCUAGAAUGCGUAUGUGUAUGCGUGUUAUCACGAUGGAUUUGUAAAUAAUAAAUUUUAGAACGUGUAAACAAUGAUGAAUGCAACGAGUUGUCGGACCGGCAAGUACUUGUCUUUAAAGAAGAGAAAAAUGUGAAGCGCACGUGUUUCUCUACGAAUUUCUUGCUGCCAUUCCCGUCAAGAAUUUAAAUCCGAAACAUUACCAUCUUAUCGGUGAUAAUUCGAUUCCUAUAAACUUUCUAUAAUGCGUUAUCAAAGUACAUAUACAGAGUACAUGCGCGUCCGACGAGCGAGUAAAGUGUGCGUGUAUAUAAUUUAUUGUAAGUACGUACAUAAAAGAUGUCUAUUUAGCAAAUCGUGAUACGCAUUACGAGAUAUAGUUGAAUGUACGAUAGUUCUGCGGAUACUCGAUUCGCACGAUUGGCGUUAAGAAUUAUUUUUCUCUCGAUUGAAUCUCCUUAAUAACGUGAUUAUAUCUGGCCUUUCUACGAAUACUACGAUAUGAGACAAUUUUUUGUGUAAAUAUAUCCACGAGAUUAAAACGCUGUUUGUUAAACUACUAUAAA